GGUUGAACUUGUGGGCAAAAUGGGUUCUUCUAGACUUAUUCUUUUAUUCUAUUUGUAUCAUUCAUGGAGUGAAGUGCUCUGUACUCCAACUGAACGUGUCUCCCAUGUGUCUGAUUGGAGUAAUGCUGGGCAACUACUGCAAAAACACAAAGGACCGGCUGAACAUGACAAUUCUCCCUUCCCUCAGAAACCUAGUUCCAGUGCUCAUGUGAAGUCAAGUUUUUCCAUUUCCUUAAGAAAACCUACUGCUCUAUUGGAAAACAGCAUUUGGCAAUCAUCUGUAAAAAAAGCACAUCCUAAGGAACCCAGUUUUUCCUUUGGUUCUGAGAAGUCCCGUUCCCUUUGUGUGAAGAAACCCAGUUUUUCUCUCCCAUCUGAAAAGUCAAGCUCUAAACCUAGUGCUCCUAAGCAAUUGAGUUAUUUCCGCCCCUCUGAGAAGUCUGGCUCUAAACCUGAGAGACCCAAAGCUCCUACUGAACACCAAUCUAAGCUAAAGACCCCAAGUUCUCCUUUCCCUGUGAAAAGUAUUCUCUUCUCGAAGGUCAGUUCUAAACCUAAGAAACCUGGGGCUCUGAUGGUACUCACUUUUUCACAUCCAUCUAAAAAGUCAAGUUCUAAACCUGAUAAACCUAUUGCUCCUAUGCAAUUGAGUUAUUUCCGCCCCUCUGAGAAGUCUGGCUCUAAACCUGAGAGACCCAAUGUUCCUACUGAACACCGAUCUAAUCUCGAGAUCCAACGUUCGCCUCGCCCUGUGAAAUCAAGGAUUCACUUCUCAAAGAUCAGUUCUAAACCUAAGAAACCUGAGGUUCUGAAGGGACACAUUUUUUUACUUCCAUCGGAAAAUUUCAGCUCUAAACCGGAGAAAUCUAGUUCUCAUAUGCAACAACAUUCUAAGCCAGAGACCCCAAGUUCUCUUCUCCCAGUGAAAUCAAGUGUUUUCCUAAAGAUCAGUUCUAAACCUCUAAAAACUAGUGCUCUUUUGAAACCUAGUUCUUCCCUUCCAUCUGAUAAGUCUAGCUCUCUCCCCACUGGGAAACACAGUUCUAAACCUGAACAACCUAGUGCUCCCAAGAAACCCAGUUCCUCCCUCUCCACUGAGGAACCCAGUUCUAAACCUGAACAACCUAGUGCUCCCAUGGAACCCAGUUUUUCAUUCCCCACUAGUUGCUCCCAUGGAACCCAGUUCCUCCCGCCCCACUGA